AUGGCUCAAACCGAUCUAAUAGAUACUAUGUCUUUAAACACUCUUCUUACUGGUUUAGAACCACGUCUAGGCCAACUAAUUAGGGCAACAAGCAAACCUAAUACUUUUCAACAAAGUCAACAAAGAACUUUUAAUGGACAAAAUCAAAAUCAAUCUUCAAGACCUACAUUUCAAAGAAAUUUUAAUCAACCCCAACAAAGAGCUCAUCAUGUAAAUUUUGAUAACAAUUUUAAUAAUAACUAUUCUUAUGAAGAAUAUCCUAACUAUGAUCUAAACGAUAAUGGUAAUUUUCAAGAAAAUGACUAUUACGAUGAAUAUUCCUAUGACACCCCUAAUCCCGAUAACUAUUCGGAUUUUCUCGAUCUUACAACCAAAGACCAACCACCCGACACCCUAAUACAAGACCCCACAUCCGAAAUUCAGACGCAGAUACAAGCGCUGAAUCUCGAAGAUAUGAAUCCAAACCUGAACUUCCCAGAACAGAAGUUACUCUAA